AUGAGAGCCAGCGCCAUGCCUCCUGCGCUCUGUUACCUGUGCGGGGGCCGGGCCAAGACCCUCUGCUCUCCCCACGGGACACUGCACCCCAUCACCAGGCACUUGACGUCCCGUCCCCUGCCCACGGCUAUGCUGUGGUCAGACAGUCUGUUUGCAAUCAGCGCCGGGGCCGCGUGCUGCCGGGCCCCACGCCAGACCAGCGCGUUGAAAAGGGAAGGCAGGAGCCACGCAGAGCCAGAGUCGGGGGAGCCAAGCCCGGCAAGCGGCUGCCUCGUCCGUGCCGGCCCGGGACCUCAGCGCAGCACCAUGUCACGGCUUCUCCCCCUCCUGCUCCUCGCAGCUCUGGGCUGCGCUGCCAAGGUGAAGCAGCGGCCAGCGACAUGGGACGACAGAGCAGACGCCGAGAGGCCGCCGGCGAAGGGCUGCGCCAACCUGACCGUGGUUCUGGACAACUGGAAGUUCGCCAUCACCUCCCAGAUGAGGAACCUGCUGAUGUUCGACCACCAGAAUGUGCUGCCCGACUACGGGAGGAUCCGGUCGCUGUCGGGGGCCCUGGACGAUCUGUACCGGGAUUUCAGCGCCCUGAAGGAGCAGCUGGGGCGGCUGUCAGCGCGCUUCGCCGAGGUGGAGGCCUUCGUGGACCAGCUGAGCCGGACCCACGGCCCCGGGGCCCCCCCGCGCCGCCGGGGGCUGCCCCAGCCCGCCCGCAGCCCCCCCGACACCCCGCCCCGCGCCCCGGCGCACGGAGGGGGCACGGCACGGCGGGCACCGGCUUGAGGGGCCUCUGCAAAGCAGCGAGGGUCGUGUCCGCCCCCACGGGGAGGGACACGGGGGGGGGGGAAGAGGGCGGCCGUGGGUUGGGGUCAGGCCCGGCUGAGGGGCAGGCGUCUGCCCUCCGCUCGCCAUCAAUAAAG